GCGAGGAAAGAAAGCUGUAGAACAGUUUGAAAUACAGUUGUUCUUGCAACGUCGCAAAAGAUGUCCUCUCCCACUCCACUCCCGCUUUCCCCAUCACCGCUCCCUACCGGCGCUUCCGGAUACCCCAUGUCCGCCGGCUCGUGGGAAAUCGAUCCGGGCGUCGGGAUAGGCCCCUUCAGACUGAAGCAGAGUGUCAACGAAGUCUUAGCCAUCAUACAGCAGUUGUCGGUGAAUGCAGAAGUGAUCCUUCCCACGGGAGCUAAGAACCAGGGUGACGACAUUUCAGUCAAGCUCCAGGACUUCGGGAUGCAUCUCGUCUUCGACAGCUAUUGGCAAAUCCUCUUGUGCAUCUGCGUAUCAACGGCAGCUUCGGAAGAGAUGAAGGAAGUAGACGACGUUGAAAACAACAUCAGGGCAGUAGAAGAUGAGGCUUCAUCAUCUAGUUCUACAAGUUCUUGUACCAAUAAAGCAGGCGGAGAUGGUGGGGAGCAAGGUCCAUCUUCAGUUCUAUCUGAGUCCGAUAGAGUAAAAAGUGUAACAAGAACUACAAGUGCAGACGCUGGUUCAGGUGAAGCGACAAGUAGUCGUGGUGAUAAGAAAGACGACAGCUCUGACGAUAAGGAGAGAGCAGCUGGUACUGGUGCGGACGAACCGAGUGCGCCAUUAAGGCUCAAUUAUACAAUUCAUUUUUGCAACCCAUUUCUCCCUGUAGUUUCCCUCUUAGGACUUUAAACCACUGGAGGCAAGAAGUGAAUUGUUUCGAGCUCUAACACCACGAAGAUCGGAACAGGAUUCAGUAGACCCAUUACUGACAUGCAAGAAAGACGAUCUUCACGAUGAUGGUGGUGGGUGGGUGGAGGCCAAGAGCAAGAAGAAGAGAAAAAGUGUUACCAAAGGUGGACCAGGAGGUGGUAAAAAUCAACAGAAAGGAGGUAGUAGCUCAUCCUCCAAAGGACGAGGAAAAAAAGGUGGUGCUGGAUCUAAAGAUGGGAAAGCAGAUGAUCGAGGUAGUGGACCUGCAGAUCUCACAUUAGCAGGAGAAGGAGGAUCACCUGGUGGAGCCGAUGCAGAAAGGGCUCUGGGUGGGGGAAAACAAUCAGAUGAAGAAAGCACCCUAGAAUUUGGUACAGGCGUUGCAAAGCCCCGUCUUCAUCGUCUUUCGUACAGGUACAAGAAUCAAGCCUGCGGAGAGCUGAGAACUUUGGACGCUGUCGAAGCGAUUUUUGGCACUCCGCAUAGUGGUCCCUCGAACGAAGAAGAUUCGCAAGCAGCAGGCCAAGCACAUUAUCCGGGACUUGUUUUCGAAUUUGACGAAGAAGAGGGAUCACCUCCAGGUGGAAAAGGAAACGAAGUUGAUCUUGAAACGCCAUCAAGAAUGAAGGAGGCACAAGCUAGAAGCAGUAGUAGAACACCUGCAGUUGAACUCGAAGCUACAACCAUUACAUCAACUUCAGCAUCAUCGAAGCCAAAAGGUCGUUUUUGGAUCCUUCCCUCGAAUAUCGGGAGCCCCGACGCCUUAUCCAAGUAUACGCCACCGAUCCCUGUUGUGUCGACAGCCAUCGUGCGAGUUGGAAUUGGGUUGCAGUUUUUGGACAAGGUAUUGCUAAUGAAAUUAUGUACCUUUUAUUUCUCAAGCAGUGUCACCGGUAAAAAUAGUGAAUUCAAAGCUGAUGGUGAAACGUUAUCAAAUGAACAGGCUUCUCCUGCAGUGCGUCAUUCACUACAACAUUUAAAACAAACCCCUAAAUCAUGACAGCGUGUGAUUCGUUUCGGCGCAAGCUGUCAGGACAUAAUUUCAGAACUUGGGAGUCCAGACGCGGUGGUCGAGAGUAGACGAAUUAUAACGAGAAAUCCAAAGCCCAAUAGUCCAAGUUCGAAAACAAGCAAUCGCAGGGAUUAUUUUUGGUUAUGAAUGUGAGGUCUAGUGGGGAAUAGGAAGGAUCAACUACAACUUUUUCGUGGAGACUCUUUUUAAUAUUUCUAUUUGGUGGUCUCUCUUAUAUUUAGAGAUGAUUUAGGUUAAGGUUUUAGUACUAGAGACGAUACUAUAUCGUUACCUCGAGUAGAGCAUGCUGUUAAUACUUUGGUCUCUCUUCCUCUUGUCCUGCACAGCGUUGUAUCCUCUUGUAUCAACAUGCCAUGACUCCUUCUUUUUCUAAUCUCCUCUUUCUAUGCCCGCGGCGUCGACGUCCUCUUGAAUGGUGAAUCUCAUUCUGUCUGCAAGAUCGUGUUGCACACCAAUGCCGUCACGCAUCAUCGCUUCGGUCGCUACGAGCGUUCUUUCUUCAAAAUCCCAUUGAACGGAACUGCAGUUGCAAAAGCAAAAGCGACUUCUAGUCAUUUCUUGAACAGAGGUCGUGCAGCUGCAGAAGGAGAUGGUGCAGGAGAAGUAGGACGUUCUUCAGGAGUAGGAGCUUCUUCAGGCUCAACUACAGCAGUUCUAGGGUCUCCAGGAGGUUGCUUAGAGCCCGAUCCAUUGUUGCGGACAGUGUGCAUUGAUCCUAGAUGGGAGUUCCGAGACGUCCAAGCGAUGAUAGGAGAAGGUAGUUCAUCUUCAAGUUCUACUUCAAAGUUUCCUUUGGUCCUCGCCACCGCAUCUGUGUCUUCAGCGACAGGCUAUGCAGCUUCACCUUCUUCAGCGGCAUCUCAGGUUGCUCUCCCUGCAGCUGUCCUAGGUGAACCUGGAGAAAAUAUUAAAGAGAUGAGUACGACCACGUGCGAUACCAUAAACAGCGCCACCGCGACCACCGCAUCCCCUCUUUCCCCAGCAUCAGUUCCAGCACUUGGCCGCGCUUCUGCAUACUAUGGCUAUCCGGGAAUCAUAUUUGAGAAGCAGGAUAAUUUGUUGUGCAGCGUGACACUCACGACCAUAUCGCCAGGCGAAGAGCUUCCAGCAUGCUUCUCAAUCGGAAAAGAUUGAUGAAAUACGUUGUAAGAAGUCUUGAAAAGGAAAUUUAAUUAACGCUGAAAAAAAUGUUGAUGCUAGUGCUAGUCGUGAUGCCUUCUGUGGUAGAGCUGCAGUGAAUUCUGCUGUAGAAAAAUAUCUCUGCUUAAAUAUUCUCAAUGUCAAGAGCUUGCAUACCGUGUUCAUUCCAUUUGGAGAACUUUGACACUACU